UAAUGAUUGAGCGCUUACAUAGCACAAAAAAUCAGACCAGUCUGAAAUCAGAUAAUUUCCUGAUCCAUCGAAACCGAAGCUUUUCUGACUUGCUUGACUGUCGCCUGAGGUUCAUAUCAUAGUAUUUGCGCUCACCUGCUGUCUUACUUUGCUGUCCAGUGGAGAAAUGAGUGAGCCUCUUCUUAACCCGUUGACCAUCAUAUGUUCUGGUUCCUGCUUCGCCUUCUCCGGACUGUUUUAUAAACUAUACUUGGCUAAAAGACAAGAAAUAGAGAAGUUGAAGGAGAUUCCAAACUUUCAGCCAGACCAUCACCUGCUGAGGAUUCUCAAUGCAUCACCCAACAAAAGACUACAUUAUGUUGCUGUAGAAGGUUUAGUGCAGGCCAUCGGUGAGCCCAUUUCUAGCCAGUAUGUGCCACGGUGUCAUGGUGUUGUACAGAAAAUUUCUGUGCACGAGCACUGGAAAUAUUGGAACUCGUAUCUUAAGUCUUGGGUCUCCAAAAAAGUGAACCAGAAACAGACUACCAACACGGUUCCCUUCAGUCUGGUCCAGCCUGGCUCAUACAUCAGUGACAUAUCUGUCCGCGUCGACUCUCCUCUGGAGGCGAGCGGCGAUUACCUGGAGCAGGUUUACAGACGGCUCCGGCUUGCUAAAGAGGGUCUGGUGGACAUUGUGGUGCAGGAGUUGAGUGGAGAGAAGCCUGUAGCUCAGGAGGAGCAGGAGGAGCUGCUGCGGGUGGGGGUGGCCCUCACAGGGUUUGGAGAACUCGUGCUGGAGCAGGAGAAGGUAAUGCGGUUACAGCCGCCCAAAGAUGGCCGCCGCUACGUCUUGAUUCCCAGUGAUUACAAGAGCUUCAUCCAGCGACACGAGAGCAGCGCCAGCAUGUGGAAAGGACUGACGGCACUGUUUGGAAUCACAGGGUUUACACUGCUGGCUGGUUUCAUCCAUAGUGCCAUUAAUAAGGACAAGAAGAACUAAUCAAUCUAGCCAUGCAUUACACUUGCAAUAACAGAUUAACUGGGUCGUGCGGUUUUAACAUUUGUUGUUUCUCUUCACGUGAGCGUUUGUUUGGUAACUGACUUCAAUAUGCUUUCAUUUUAAUAAUGAUCAUUUUUAUGGUGAUGUGUAUGAUUGUUGAAAAUAGUUAUGAAAUAUGCAAAAUCAUGAGAACAAUGAACAGCUAUGUCCUACAUCUUUCUGUUUGUGAUGAUUUAUCCAAUGAAAAUAUUUUCAAGAGUUAUAUACUUAAAGUGAUCAAGAUAAUCUUUUAAUUGCAUCUUUAUUUUCAUAAAUCCAAAAUCAUUUGCCUUUACUGAAUGUUAUAAUCUGUUUCACUAACUUGCCUCCUGAAUGUAAAUGAGCUUAACAUUAAAAUGUA